GGAUGAACCUGCAAGGCUGUCUGAGGCAGGUGCCUUACAAUGCACGUCGGGCGGAUCAUUUUCCACCACGGCUAUUGAAACCUUUCGCGGAUAUAUAUCCGCCGGCAAUUGAAGCGUAGAUACUCCUCAAGCUCCUAUAAAUACAGUUGCACUGUGUGGUAGUCCAGUGACCCCCUUGUCAUUCAAGACUCACGAUCACAAUGGCUUCAACAGCUACUCUCACAUUGCCGACACGUACUGUCCUGCCAACAGUGGCGGAUGAGGACGCUCCCAAACCUGCAGCCUUCAGCCAUGCACACUACCCGUCCAUAGAAACGUUCUGGACGAUCGAAGGCCUACUCAAGAGUCAUGCAGCAGACUCUGAUCAGAAACCAUUGAUCGGCUAUCCUGCUCACGACGUUGACGACUUCGAAGAGCAUACUGCGGCACAGCUCGAUCGAUACACCGAUGCUGCAGUUGACUACUACCGUCAACAUGGUCUUCAACCAGCUGAUUCUACGCUUGAGAAAGCGCCAGUCAUAGCAAUCCUCUCGCCGACGAGCUUCGAAGUCAUCGUGACCUUCUUCGCACUCAACAGACUAGGCUAUGCCUGCUUAUUCCUUUCUACAAGGCUUACUGCACCAGCCUAUGCUCGGCUCAUGCGAAUGUGCGAAUGCAGCGUCGUCAUCCACCCUCCCUCGUUCGGACGGAUGAUUCCGGAGAUCGGUGGCGAACUGCCUGGCUGCUCAGGUAGUCCGGUGCUCCUACGACGGCAUUGGUAUGAAUGUACGCAGUCGAAGAGUACUGUCGCCGUGUCGGAGACAGACAGGAAGCGACGAGCCAGCCAGGUAGCAUGGAUUCUUCACUCAUCCGGCUCAACAGGGUUCCCGAAGCCGAUCUUCCUCUCCAACUUGCAAUGUCUGGCAAACUUCCGCAAAUCCUUUGGCCUGCGCGCCUUUACCGCCUCUCCACUGUUCCAUUCCGGAGGCCUUAUGGAGUUCGGUCGUGCUUUCUACGCCAAAGCACCAAUGUACCUUGCCAACCAUGCAUUUCCGGUGACAACUACUAACAUUUUACGGGCUGUACAGGCAGCGAAGCCGCAAUUUGUUAUUGCUGUGCCGUACGUAUUGAAGCUGCUGGCUGAGACAGAAGCCGGGGUGCGCGCUCUGGCGGCAACAGAACUCGUGCUCUUCAACGGCUCCGGCUGCCCUGACGACCUUGGCGAUCGACUUGUCGCAGCAGGCGUGAACCUCGUAGCGAACUAUGGCGCAACGGAGACCGGCCAGCUUAUGACCUCCUAUCGCGGCAUGCCGCCAACAGACAACGAGUGGUCGUACCUGCGGCUGUGGUCACCCGUUGCUGAACACACCUUGAUGGAUGAGAUUGCGCCUGGAGUCUUCGAAGCUGUGGGCCUAGAAGGUCUGCCUUCCAAAGGGCCCAGCAACUCGAAGCCGCCAUAUAGCGAUAAGAAUCCGCAGAACAGCUUCCGUACUGCUGACCUGUUCACGCGGCAUCCGUCUUCCACGAAGAACAAUUAUUACAAGUACCUGUCGAGGCUCGACGAUCGGAUCACGCUGGUGAUGGGCGAGAAAGUACUGCCUCUUCCGAUGGAGUCCAGAAUAAGGCAGGAAGACAUUGUGCGUGAGGCUGUGGUGUUCGGUUUCCAGCAAGCAGUACCUGGCGUGCUGAUCUUCCGCUCCACGGAACACGGACUUGCCAUGUCAGACCGAGAGUAUCUGGACGCUGUGUGGCCCGCUGUCGAAGCAGCCAACGCGAAGGCGGAGAGCUUCUCGCACAUCAUGAAGGACCUUGUCAUCAUCCAGGGUUCCGAGGUCGAGUAUGCAAGAACAGACAAGGGCACCUUCAUCCGUGCGCAAGUGUACCAGCAGUUCGAUACCGACAUCAAAGCAGCGUACGCCAGGCUCGAGUCCACGUCGGAGGGGCAGAAGAGGCUCGCACUGGACGUCCCUCAGCUGGAACAAUGGUUACUCGAGCGCUUCCAGCAGGACUUGAGGAUACCGCUAAGUGAUUCCAAGAGCGACAUCUUCGCUGCAGGUGUUGACAGUCUGCAGACAAUGCGGAUCUGGCGCACGAUGAAGCAAAAGCUGGAUCUCGGUGAAGAUGGUGACAAGUUGAGCGCAAACAUCGUGUUUGAGAAGGGUACCGUAGCCGCUCUGGCGCGGUAUUUGUACGCUUUACGAGUUGGAGCAUCGACGGAUGGCGAGGCUGAUGAGGACGAGGUCGAAAUUAUGGAAGAGCUCAUCAAGAAGUAUUCGACUUUUGCGAAUCACCAUCCGACACCUCAUAUUCCACAGCCGGCGAAAGAGGUCGUUCUCGUGACAGGUGCUACAGGGAAUCUAGGUGCAUACCUUGUCGCGAGUCUGCUGAAACAUCCUGGGGUCUCCGAAGUCUGCGCCCUCGUCCGAGCUCCUGGUGAAGGCUAUGUCGCUCAGAAGUCCGCAACAACGCGCGUUCUUGCCGCCCUUCGCGACCGACAGAUAGACGUGCCAGUGGAAGAUCUUGGUAGAUUGCGGAUACUCGCUUCCGACUUCGGUGACAGCAACCUCGGACUGGGUCCGUACACCCUCGAGUAUCUACUCGAGAACGUGACUUGUGUCAUUCACAGCGCCUGGGCCGUCAAUUUCAACCUCGGCGUCCGAUCUUUCGAAGACCAGCAUAUCAGAGGCACGAACAACCUCAUCAACUUCUGCCUGCGCUCGAGGCUACAGCAGCCGGCUCGCUUCUAUUUCUGCAGCUCCGUUUCUACCACUAGUAGCACGCCGAAACCGGCUGUCAUCCCAGAGAGACUGAUUUGUAAUCUUCGACAUGCGCAGAAGACCGGCUACGGUCGGUCUAAGAUGGUCUCGGAACACAUCACUUCAAAUGCUAUGCGCGAAACUGGGAUGGAAGCACGCGUCCUUCGCAUUGGCCAGCUGAGUGGUGGCAGUGACACCGGGAUAUGGAACGACACGGAGGCUAUUGCACUUAUGGUUCGAUCUGCGUUGACCACCGGAGCUCUGCCGGCGCUUGAUGAAAGACCAAGCUGGUUGCCGGUAGACGUCUGCGCUCAAGCCUGUGUGGACAUCGCUCUGCCCGCAGCUCGUGGCCAGGCUGUCACCGCCGACAGGAGGGAUGUCGAGCUUGUGUAUCACGUGCUAAACCCGCAAACAUUCAGCUGGAAGGAUGAUCUGAUACCUUGUUUGCGUGCCGUAUCCGAGAAGGACCCGCAGAAGAAUCCGAGUAUCAAGCUCCUAGACUUUUGGCGUGGCAAGUAUGGGUCUGCGUCGAAAGUGAGAGCGGAUGGUGAGAUGGGCACGACACCGCCAGCUAGUGACGAUGAUGACCAAGGAGCAGCCGGCUUGACCUUCGAGACCACUGAGACGAUCCGCGAUUGUCCUCUCCUGGGUUCCGUGAGGCAGCCAGUCGCUGAAGGUUUGAUCGAGAAAUACGUCAAGAGCUGGAUGAGCCGCUGGGUCACCUGAUUCGUGAUUGUAGGGUUGAUGAAAG